CACACACACUCAAUCUCACACACACACACACACACACACACGCUCACUCUCUCUCACACACACGCACACACACACACACACACACUCAAUCUCACACACACACUCACUCUCUCUCUCUCACACACACACAUGCACGCACACACACUCACACACGCACACACACACUCUCACUCUCUCUCUCACACACACUCAAUCUCACACACACUCACGCUCUCACACGCGCGCGCGCACACACACACACACACACACACACACACAGUGAUGCUCGCGCAACAGUCGCGCGGUGGAGGAUGCGCACAACACGAGCAACAGCAUACAGCACAUAUGCACCAGAAAACGUCGCAUUCUCAGUGUGUUGUGUUGAUUUAAUGUCGGAAAUGUGUGUUAGACGGACUCAACUAAUUCAGUCUUUCAUUUGAUGCCGGCUCGACGUCUUUUGCGUCCUUAAAUCCAGAUCAAACCUCCGGUUCAUCGUCAUCAUCACAGGUGAGUGACUCCUGAUUCCUCAUUUCUGUGUCCAUUCUGAGGUGACACGGACGCAGCUGUGCCUGUGAUCAAAUCACAAGAAUUAAAGCGCGCGCACGAUUCCCAUAAAGACUCAGGAAUAGUCUGAAUACGUCAACACGGCUACAUGUGUGUCCUGUUUAUUCCGUCAUGUUCGAUGUUAAAUAACCGCGCUUCGAUCAGACAUCAUUCGGUUUGAGAGGCACACGUUGGCACCGCUGGUCCAGAUGCCAUGCUCUAAUGACACUUAGAUGAACAGGUAUGAUCAAAUCGAGAGGAGUCGCAAAUGUGGAGUCCAUAUAGAGAGGAACGUUCAUUUGGUCGUUAAUGAGGAUGCACCGGGUCUGUUCGGUACUCCUGUCCGAUCCGCUUGAUUCGGGUUUUGGGUUUAUUACAGGGGAGACAAACGGGGUAUUUUCCUCAUGCAUACUGACCUCGAUCUGAUGUGGAAAGAGGAUGUGUGUGUGUGUAAUCUGGAAAAUACGCAUAAUAUGAGACACUGAAACCACAGUCACAGCAACACCCUCAGUAUCACCAUCAGCUCUUUGAUCACACGGGCUCUUUAAUAAGUGAGGGGUUCCCAAAAUGACUCAUGGGUACCAGCAGCAGAUGGACAUCUCGGUACCUUAGAUUACAGUAAUGCAGCAGAACUCAUGAGCAGAAUGUGGAUUCAAAGACUUUGAGUCUUUUCUGAGAGAUGUUUUGUUCUUCAAGAUCCUUUCCAUACCUCAGAUCAACCCACUCUGGCUCAUGAAUCGUGGAUUAUUCUUCUGAAGUGAAGAGGAGUUACUUCUGAUGACUGCCAGUGCUGGAAUACUAGAGACUAAUCUUGUUUAUUUGGGCAAACUCAAUUACAGUGACAAAUCCCUCAUGUGAAUGGAACAACCUGCAAUUCAUUUAGCUGCAGGUCUUGUGUUGAACUCAACAACGCUCUGUGCGGUUUAUAUUGUGUGGACAGAAGAAAACACAAUUCCUGGUUUCCAAGACUCAUUCAGCCCGUGUUUGAAAACACAAUGUCUUUCCAUUAAGGAGCAGUCUCUCCUUUAUACUUAGAUAAAACCCCAUUGUGCCUCCUACUGGUGUGGAGUUGAAAUGGCUCGACCCGGCUCUGGUGUUCUGGUGUCGAUGGGGGCGGGGCACGGCUAUUCUUCUCAGAGCAUGGCCCGUGUGGUGGUCUGGGAAUGGUUGAAUGAACACAGUCACUGGAGGCCGUACAGCGCCACCGUCUGUCAUCACAUCGAAAACAUACUGAAGGGCGACGCGAGAGGAACCGUCAUACUGGGGCAAGUGGAUCCACAGCUGGCGCCCUACGUGAUAGACCUGCAGUCCAUGCAUCAGUUCAGACAGGACACAGGCAUGAUGCGACCCGUCCAGCGCAAUUUCUACGACCCGUCCUCUGCACCGGGCAAGGGCAUCGUAUGGGAGUGGGAAAACGAUUGUGGAUCUUGGACGGCGUAUGACAUGGAAUUGUGCGUUAGCAUCCAGAACGCGUACGAGAAGCAGCACCCGUGGCUCGACCUGACCUCGCUCGGCUUCAGCUAUCUGGUGAACUUUGACGGAAUGUCGCAGACCAACCGGCAGAGCCAGAGAAAACGCCGAAUCCGCCGGCGAAUGGACCUCGCGUACCCGCUCAUCGCCGGAUCCAUCCCUAAAUCGCAGUCCUGGCCCGUGGGCACCAACUUGGGCACCCCGUGCACGUGCCAGCAAUGUCUGCUGGUGCACAGCACACGAGUGGCAUCCAAUGCCAUACUGGCCCUGCAGCAGAGGAGGAGGCUGUAUGGGACGGAGGGCGGAGCCAAUCAGAACACCGCUACCGUGAGACAGAGCAACACCUUCGCUGGCACUUCCCUCUGUUCGCCAACGACGACGGUUGCCAGGGGUCACCAUAACAACAUGUCAACAGGUGGAGGAGGGGGUGGGAAAGUGGAGAUGAGAGGGGUCAAUUUCCCACGCAUCCCCGCUCUGGUCACCCUGCCGGCCAAACACGCGCUUACGAUUAAUGGACAGAAUAAUCUGAACCGCCCAGGAACGCAACGCAUCACGGUGACAGCGAGCCGAGGAACCAUCCCACCCGGGGUCCCUGCACUUCCUGUGAAAAACCUCACAGGCUGUGGACCGCUCCACCCGGCGCUGGCAGGAAUGACAGGUAUCCUGAUGUGUGCCGCGGGGCUCCCCGUGUGUUUGACCCGGGCCCCUAAACCUGUCCUGCUCCCGCCGCCCGUCAGUAAGAGUGACUUGAAACCUGUGCCGGGAAUCAACGGCAUCUGCCGCAAGACCAAGAAAAAACACCUCCGUAAGGGUAAAACCCCAGAGGAUGUGGUCCGGCGUUACACAGAGAAAAUCAGAUGGGCUCCAGAUGAGGACUGCACCAUCUGUAUGGAGAGACUCGCCACAGCAUCCGGAUACGAUGGACUUCUGACUUAUAAAGGCAUCAAGCCGGAGCAGAUCGGCAAGCUGGGCAAGUGUGGCCACAUUUACCAUCUUCUGUGUCUCAUCGCCAUGUACAGCAACGGCAAUAAAGAUGGCAGUCUGCAGUGUCCCACCUGUAAGGCCAUCUAUGGUGAGAAAACUGGCACACAGCCUCCUGGGAAGAUGGAAUACCACGUUAUUCCUCACUGUUUACCUGGAUAUACCGAUACCAAGACUAUACGCAUCGUCUAUGACAUUCCCGCUGGGAUACAGACGACGGAGCAUCCCAAUCCAGGGAAGAAGUUCAGCGCGCGCGGGUUUCCACGUCACUGCUAUCUGCCCGACAACGAGAAAGGCCGAAAGGUGUUGAAGCUGCUGAUCGCGGCGUGGGAUCGUCGUUUGAUCUUCACCAUCGGGACGUCCAGCACCACCGGCGAGACCGACACAGUCGUGUGGAACGAGAUCCAUCAUAAAACCGAGUUCGGCUCCAACCUCACGGGCCACGGUUACCCCGACCCAAACUACCUGGACAACGCCACGAGAGAACUGGCCGCUCAGGGUGUGGCCGAAGACAACCUGAAGGACUGAGGCGUCGAUCUGGCGACAACAGCGCACACACACGCACAUUCUGCCCUCGUCUGGGGAGUUUCUGACCGCAGAGUGACCUUUGACCUUUCUCCAGCGGCUUUAACGGAGAACGAAGGUCCGCGCUGACCCAGAGCUGGACCGUGAGCCGAGGAAAGAAACUCUUUCUGAUUCGCCGAGUCUUUGCUUUCUCUCUUUCUUUGACGGCUACCCAGAAUCCUUCUGGCCGUUGACCAGCGCAUGAGGUAGAUUUAUGCGCACACACAUAACGAGGCUUUUCGAUUGACGUGAAAUGGGUCAGAGCGGAGCUGCCGUUAUAACAGGCCAUUUAGAAUUUAGUUACCGAUAUAGUAACUCGCGAGAAGAUGUCGUUAUAACUGAAACGGGAGAAAACGUACAUUUGUGUUAAUCGGCAAAGCGGACACCCUUAUUGGUCGACGCCUAUAUGGGUGUGUCUGAUAUAUCGGUUCGGCGCUACUUCCGAUAUAUCUGUUGCUCUACCGCAUGGAGAACAUUUGUUUCCAUGGCGAUUGCUUUGAAGGUUUUCUUCAAGAGCGUCAAUGGUUCUAGAUCCCUCUCAAACAAGAAAGGGAUAUUUUUGAGAGUAUGUGUUGUGCUUAGUGUGUAACUAAUAAUAGGAGAAAGACGUCUUUAGAUCCAAUCAGUACGCAGCUAUUUUGGGGCUGUUUUUGCAGCGGCUGCGUAACACAUCUGCACUUCAAAGCGUUCAGAUCUUCGGCUCUUGCGCUACUUUUGAUCAUCAGACCAACUCGUGGAUUUCAGAGGAAUCGCAGAGUUAUUUUCUGAGGAUUCCUCUGCAGCCACGUUUCAGCUCAUUCGUGUUUCGGAUGAUUUCGAUGAUUAGGAUGUCUUCUUGAAAUAUGCAAUGAUUUAUAUUCUUUAUCGCUUUGUUUCUCUUUGGUGUCGUUGAUCAGACAGUGCCAAACCGGUUCAGUGAAGAACCGAUGUAGUUCAUUGGCUAUGUUCGGAUGGGAAUACUAGCGUACUACACACUGAACGCUGUAAAGAUAUUGUAAGUAAAACUGUAUGCAUCAUGCGAUUAUAAAUGUUUUAAACCAUAGAAUGAUACAUUGAUGUCACAUGAUGUCAUCAUGUUGCACGUGAGUCGCAUCAGUUAUCAUUUGGGGUGAAUUGUGUGAUGCAACAGCGUGAUCUGUUCAAUGUGUCAGACUAUUGCAUACCGUGCACCCUGUAUACAUCGCAAAAAUACGUUUCUUAAUCGGUGCAUUAGUCUUAAUUUCCAGUCAAAUUUCGAAACAUCCUUGAGAUUUACUUGAGAAGCCAAUUUGCAUGAGAUUUUAUGAAGAUACAUCUUCAAUUGAUUUGAUUUAAUCAAAUCUAACCAAAUGUUAAUGAGGUUAAUGUUUAAAAAAUUACACCUUUACAAGUCUCUUAAUAUCUUACACUAUUGACCUUUUUAAAGGAAUAUUUCAGGUUCAAUAUGAAUUAAGCUCAGCCGACCGCAUUUGUGUUCUAAUGUUGAUUAAUACCACAAAAGUUUAUUUGGACUCGUUCCUCCUUUUCUUUAAAUGUGUGUUCCAGUGAGACACUUCCAAUGCAAGUCAAUGGGGUUUAAUCUGUAAACAUUAAAAUACUGUUUCACAAGUAUAGACACAAGACAUAAACAAUAUGUGUGUUAACAUGAUUUUACUGUCAUUAAAUCACUUAAUAACCACAUCUGUGUGAAGAUAUAGAUGAUUAUACAACUGUGUUGCCAUGACGACACAAUGCACCAGUUAACACAACGAUUUAAAGAACUUUACAGCUCAAAUAAUACACGAGUUUUAACAGGAGAAUUAACGUAAUAAAUCACGCACUGACCACAUCUGUGUGAAGAUAGAGACAAUUUUAUAAAUUCGUUGCUAUGGCAACGCAUAAAGCCUAAAAUGACGAUUUAAACAACUUAACAAAGCAUGAGUUUUAACAGAAUUAAUGUAAGUGCUUUUAUAAAAUUAUAAACGUCACAUUUUUGUCUUUAAACCUCCAAAAAUGUACCCCAUUGACUUGUUUGGAAGUCAAUGGGGGUCAAAUUGACCCACAUUGGAAUUGUCUCACUGGAACACACAUUUAAAGAAAA